UCUGAGCUGCAUCUGCCAGAGCUCCUGGUCCUGCUCCCACUGCCCUCACCCAACAGGAAGAUGAAGGUCUCUGCAGCCAUUUUUGCUCUUCUCCUUAUUGCAGCCUCUUGCUCCCAAACUUUCUCUGGCCCAGCUGGAUCCGACCUCCCAAUCUGCUGCUUCUCUUACACGCACCACAAGCUCCCGCGGAAGCUCAUCCUGCGGUAUUACAGCACCAGCACCAGUUGCACCCUGCCAGCCAUCGUGUUCAUCACAAAGAAAGGCCACCAGGUCUGUGCCAAUCCCAGUGACACUUGGGUUCAAAGUUAUCUGCAAAACUUGAAGCAGAACAGAGCAAAGCAAGAAGGCAAGUGA